AUGCGUCCCUCUUUUUCCUCUGUUCCUGAUGUAGUGAAGAAUCGCUGGUUAGGGUUCCUGAUAUGGCAGCACAUCACUGCCACGUCCGUUUAUCUUCUCGUCUCUCCUUUUCUAGGGUCCUCUUCGACCUCCUUCCUCGCCUCCCUGCUCCCCUUCCUUAUCUUCCACCUCUCUCUUCUCCUCUUCUCCUUCUCCCUCUUUCUUACUUCCUCGCCGUACCCCGAACCCUCCGCCUCCCACACCGAGCUCUUGGGCGGCCUUAGUAGGUCGUUUAUCAAGUCUCUGGUGGGCGGAUUCCAGGGGCCGUCAUUUCACGCCGAAUUUCGGCGUCGGGUGGGAAGGACGAUGAGAUCUCUAGCGCUCGUCGUAAUCUGCGCUGCGUCAGGGUUGUUGUCGGCGGUUGCGGUGUGCGGCGAUUUGGAGGGUUUCUACUGUUCAGCGCUGGUUUAUGUUGGAUUGAGAGGAUUGAUUUUCGGACUGGUGUAUGGUUCUUAUUAUGUCUAUAAGAAGCGAUGGGCCUUACAGUUUCCAAUCGUGCAGGUCAGCCUCGAAUUUGUGGUGCUUAUCAUAAACUGGUGGAAGGGAAUAUGAACGUAGUUUCAGCAGAAUUGUGAAUUAUUUAUAAGAAAAAUGGAAGCUACGGUUCUUUCUCAUUAUUGAACUUUGAUGCCCCCAGAUUCUGUAUAGAAUGAAUCGUAAUUCUUAUCAGCCAGAUUUCUCAAUUGUCCCAGUUUGCUUACGUGUGACAACAUCAUUUUCACUUUUUUUCUAAUACAAUAUGAUGAUAUUUUAGGUACAAAGUCUCGUAUGACUGAUUUUAUAGAUGCCAUAUGCCUGCUUUCGUACGGACAUAAUUUGUAUUCACGUGGAUGGUAAACGUCCCAGUUAGAUAAUUGACUUAGAAGAAACGUUUUUAACUGAAAAACCUGCUUUUGCCGAUGUUUUAGAAUGUCUGAGGGGAACGGAGUUAGUUUGUUCUUGUUUCUUUUUCUUCAGGCACCAUGCCUAGCCUUUAUCUUACUGUAGUUUCGGAGUUCUUUGGGUCAAAAAAUGAUCUUGUAUUUGCUGUUUUAUAUUUUCUUGGAAGUUAAUCAUCAUUAAUUGUCUUUACUUUCAGCGUCCCCUAUUUUUCAGCUUCAAGAUCGGCCUAUUUUCAGCCCUCAAGCAAGCGGUGAAACUAUCCGUCUCAGCUCUUAUUUGUUCUACAUUAUUGUCACUAUUCUGGUCAGACCACUUUAAGGGCGGAAAUACGGUUGGACAGCUUGUCAUUCAGCAGAUACGGUUUUUAUUUGGCAUUUCAACUGUUUCUUUCUGCUGGGAGAUCAGUCGCCAUUUGCUUGAGGUAGGUUCUUUGGACUUUAAUUCCGUAUGGUUUAACAUAGGAGGACUCGUCAGAAAUCUUCAGUUUGUGUUUCAUGUUCAAAAGAAUAAAUUAUGGAGAAGAGUAUACACCUUGGAUGUUAGCUUUAGCUUAAGACUUAUUAUGUGUGAGCAAUUGUCAAUCAUUCAGAGACAUGUUAGUUACCAUGCAAAGUAAAUUAUGAGUGUUCUUGCCCGCUGUAACUACUUAUGCACUUGUUAGUGGUGAAAUUGCAACAUCUUCUGAAAGGGACUACGUUUGUAGUUGCAUGGCUCUGUUUGGUAACUGGGGGCUUAACAAUUCGAACUGAGUUUAAAUCAUCCUUUCAUUUUUUUUAUGGGAAGAAAGUACAUUUUUUAUCUCUUCCUUUCUUCUCUUUGAAAAUUCACGGUAUCAUCACAGGUACUCCACACAAGAAGGUGUCUUUUUGCACCUGCUCCGGGAUCAGCUUCUGCAGAAUCAAAUCCAUGUGAAGCUCUCUUGGAAGCACUGGAACAGAGUAGCCCUGGAUCACUCUUUCAGUAUCUUGCAUAUCUUGAUCUCUGUUUAGUUUCAGAGAGUGACUUUGAGCUAUGGCGUCGAGCUGCCUUAUUUGAAGAAUCUGGGGAAACGUAUAGAAGAGUCAUAUCUUUAUGUUUGAGACCGUUGGAGCAGUUCACAUUGGGACUUACUGAAGCCUUUGAAGGUUUAUAUUCGGAAAAAUCAAUAUUUUCUUUACAAUUACGUGGACCGUUAGAUUCUCCUAGAGACCAGGGGUCGCAUGAAGCAUUCGACAAACUUCAGGUACUAUCCUGCUCUAGACUAGUAUUGUGUUCCCUUUUUCUCGUUUUUAUUUUUUAUUCCUGUACAUUUUACGCGUCUACAGGUUGUUGAAUAUUUUAUUUCAACACUGUAGUUAGCCCAGCAUUUAUCUAUAAACAUCUAGUACAGAAUCGUGUUCCCAUGUUCUACGGAUAUAGCUGAGAUAAGCUUUUCCAAUUUUUAUUUAACUGUGAUGACCUAAAGGAAAAUUUCUUUUAUUCUAGACCCUCUGGCUAUAUUAGUGGAAAUACUAGUAAUGGUCUUCGAAACUGCUGGCAUGAAGCUACUCUUGCAAAGAUCACAGUAAUCAAACUGAUUUAGAUGUCCUCUCUUAGCUGCACUUUUACAGGUAAGUGAAUCUUGAUGAGCUAUAAAGUAGAUGAAAUGAGAUAGGGUACCAGGUCGGAUGUGCUGUACAUCUUCUGUUGUAAAGUUAGAUGUUUUUUUUUGGCAUAGUUUUGAUGGGAUAUUGAGUUAUUACUAAUGGAUAAGUUGAGGAAAGGAUGCCACCAUCAUAUUUGGAAAGCUAUGGCUCUUGACAGAAGAUAGUUGAACAUUCUUCUUAGUUUUUAUUUGAUAAUUAAUAUUCAGGUCCAGUUUUAGUGGAUAGAUCAAUGCCUAAGGAUCUCCAAAUUCCCUUCAUUAUUCUCCAGAUUAUAAGUAAGCAUAUGGUUAUCAUUUAAGAUUCUGUUGUCUUGAGACCCAACUUACUGACUAAUGUGGUCAUGCCAGAUUUGUUAGAGAUGCCUACUUUUUAGUUCAUUUCUCAGAAAUUAGUCCUGUGAUCAGUUUAGCUCUUGCUCGUGGGUGCUCUUGUUUGAGAUUUAUGUAGGGUCAGCAUCACAAUUUUUCGCUUUGUUUAUGACGAGUCAGGUAUCAAAUAUGGAAAUGUCCAAUUUGGCAACUGAUCCCAUAUGUUUCAGACUUGAAUUUCAGAUUGCAUACAUUAUAAGUAUAUGAAUCUAGGGCAUUCUCUGAACUCUGUCAGCAAGACAAAAGAUUACAUCACGGGAAACGAAUCUGUUUGAAAGCCUUGGUCAAAUGAGAUGUAGUUCAUGCUUAAUCGGCUGACAUGGCUAUAUGUUAUACUCCUUCGAGGUUGCUUGUAUUUUUCCUUUGAAUAUAAACUUCAUUCGGUUUACUUUGAAAAAUACAGAAAGAUAUUUUAGCCCUCACCAAAAGCAGCAUGUCUUCUCAGAAUAUUUAGUUGCCGUUCACUUGCUGGUAUUCCAAACAAACUUUUCUUUGAAUAAUUUUGAGCUUUUGAGAGAGAUUCAUUGAAUGUUUUUACAUAUCUCAUCCCUUCCAGCACCGUUUCGUGCCUUACCUUCGACAGACGUCCGGUGAAAUAAAUUGUUUUUCAUGUCUUCUAUGCUGCAUUAGCAUCUACACGUCUUUUCAUCAUUGUAUUCGCCCUACCCCCUCCUCUCCCCCAACACACACACACUACUCUCAAUUUCUUGACAACCGUUUAAAUUCUACCUCGUUAUUGAGCUAUUAUAGCAUGCAUAUUGGCAUCCUCGAGGGCUCAGACUCCAGAUAACGAUGAUGACCAUCUGGAAAUUUACCACUUUUUGUGAACCAUUUGAGCAACAUAAAAUCAUCAACCAUUUCGAUCUUACAUUGUUCCCGAAUGUGAUAAUUUUUAUAACAUCUUUGAAUUCCAAUGCCCCUCAUGCAGCUGUUCUCGUGGUGCGUGAGGACUAUUGCCGCCCUUACUGCGCGGUCUCACAAAGAAGAUAGAUUUGGAGUCGCCCAACUGACUGGCUGCAACUCUGCAGCAGUAUCGACACUGUUGUCUUGCCUGCUGGCCGUAGAGUUCUCCAUGGGCAAGAAGCCCAGCCCUCCAUCCUCUCAUCUCAUCGGGCCGGCGAGCAUCAAAUGGGCUACUACAGUACAGGCUGGCUCCAGAGAUGUGACGGCCACUGUUUCCAGCAAAAGGAGAAGUGGGGUCGUAUACGCCAGGGCUUUCGCCAUGGCGGAUAUCCUAAGAACGGGAAUAUACCAGAUAGUUUCCGCCUUUGAAGACGAUAUGGUUGCAAACGCGAAAGCUUCGGUCCUGCAGAAGAACUGGAUUCCUGAGGGUAAGCCCUUGUAUGGCACCAGGGAGGUUCUUGCGCAGAAGCUGGCCCUUUUCCAGGACUACCGAGCAGUUUAA